CGAAGAAACUUUUGUCCACGCAACCGUGACGCACUUGUUUCGGGUUCCCACGCCAGUCUGCCACCUACUACACCGAGUCACGCAAACGCGCCGGAUCAUUCAGCGCUCUAGAAGGCUGUGAUCACGCCAAGGCCGCCACACUAGCACUAUUGGGCCCAACUAACUGAGUCAAAGAACCUGCCUGGGCCAGUGUGGCCGCCCUUAGUCCGGAUAACUUCCUGAAAUGGAUCAUGGGCAGCGAAGAUAAAAGAAUGGAUAAAGCAGCCAGACAAAGCUCAAAGAACUCUUUCAUCCACUUCUGCCAAAGCACCCGCUAGGAAACAUAUUUGAGUAGCUGAACGAGCUUCUCCAGGUUAACCAUCACACUCUACUUCCGAAUCUACUGAACACUUUCCUAGCUUUCAUUACUCAAGUACUCAUACCCCUAUCACACAUCGCGACUCGGAUACUCCACAAUGGCAUCUCGCAAUUCCAAUGUAACACGCAAGACCAAGGUUAGCAACGGCUAUUAUCUUAGAUGUCGUGAUGUAGAUGGCACAUCUGUCUUGAUCACUCAAACUGCUACUGGUCUUGGCGCUCAUACGCGCUGGAUCUAUCCCGAACACAACAUGGACGAUAAUGAAGAAGAAAACUACAUGGAUGUAGACGAGGAAGGGGACGCUACACCACCGCCGAGCACCACGACGACGUGCUUUCCUCAGACUCCUAUGACCCAGCAUGCGUUCGACGCGGGCUCUGUCCUUCGCACACCCGUGAAGAGGCCUCAGCCACUUCAGCGCAGCCCUGAGCGCAUCGGCUUCAAAGGGAUCAACUUUUGGCACAACAAUUCACUUGGCACUCGCACUGUCGAGCAGACUAGCUCUGGUGUUCGCAUGAGAUAUGUAUUACAGAAGCCCAUCGGCUCUGCUACAAACUUGACUAAAGAGCAAGUUCUCGAGCACGAGUUUCAGAGGAACCACGAGACCUUUUUGACUCAGGUCGGAAGAUUACUCGGCCGCGAGGAAAAAGAACGGGUGGCAAGGGAGAUGAACUCGACUUUACCGGCAGCGGACGGGUCUUCUGGUGCAAGCACUGCAAGGCAUGUUCACUUCGCCUCGCCUGAGCCGUCUAUCUAUAUCGAAGAGGAAGAAGACGCAUCAGAGUUUGGAGUUGGACCUACGGGUGAGAAAUUGAAUUCUCAAGGUCUCCCCAUGCUCGGAGCACAUGGGACUGUCAUCAUUGACCCCACGUUCAAGCCUCAAGUUCGACCGAUGUUGCCUUCUCCGAAGGCCCCGCAGAUACAAAGCGAACUUGUAAACAAAGAGAACACCAAGCACCUCGGUAGCAUCACGGUCGAGGGGAAGGAAUGGCAGGUCUACAAAACAUUGAGGCCUAGGAAGGAUGGACAACCCCGAAUUAUCAGGUCAUCUCCUGCGCAAGCCAGGACCCGUAAGCCUCGGAAGAGCAUGGGGUCACCACGUCUAACGAGGCAGCCUACUGUCUUGACUGGCGUUGUAUGAGGGCACUGUCCUCUAUAACCGGAGGGCGUAUCUCAUCACGAACUAACUCAGUAAUAGUCAUGAUGGUCUAUCUCAAUGUAAUACUUAUACAGGCACUAUUCGCGCGCUCAUUACAUAUGGAUUGUAUAGCACUGGCUGGUACUUCUAUGAUUAUCUCUCAGAAUAGGAUAUAUUUUUGAGUGGU